AUGGGCGAAGAAGUGACAAAUGGCAUGGAUUUGGCGGUGGAGAACGCAGGACUGGUGGCUGUUAGCCCCAUAACUAUUUAUAGAAGGCAGAGGAAGGCGGCAGAAAAAACAGCGGUUUGCACAGACAUAGGGGCAGAGAGAGCUGACACAACCACUUACUGUGCUUCAGACCAUGUGGGGACUGGUUUUGGCUUUCAAGCACCCAAUCCUUCCACAUUGGCCAUUGAAGAUCACAAACCUGAUCGUCUAAGCUUAGCUUCUCUGACAAAUCUGAUUUCCCUCUCUCUGUUCACCUCUCUUGCUCACUUCAAAUUUUUGAGUAUCGAACACCAAGUCAGCCCAUUUGGGUACUCCAUCCUGUUUCUCUACUUCUGCCAUUCUUUUCAAGCAUUUUAUCUCCUAGCAGACAUGGAACCUGGAGAAAAGGUUUCUCCAAUCCAUGCAGAAGAAGACACCACAGCAAGGGUAUUUCCUUGUUUAUUCUGUUCACGAAAGUUCUACAGUUCUCAAGCCUUAGGAGGCCACCAAAAUGCUCACAAGAAGGAGAGAAAUGCAGCAAGGAAGACAAGAAGAGUAUCGGAAUAUGCACCAUCCCCACCACCAACAUUUCCAGUGAUUUUUUCCCCAAGUCAUCAUUUAGGCCUGUUGCACCCUUCAAUGUACACAAGUACUGCCCAUGCAGCCAACCUCCACUGUCAUCCUACUCAUGAUCAGUUCUCUGACCGUCUUAGAUCCAGUGGUGCAGCCAGGUUUGACAGUGGGGUGCUGUUUUAUGGCGGGAGUUGUUCAAGCGAUAGGUAUGAUCAUCACCAAUAUGACCAAGAAGAUGAGCAGAGUUUGUUGAAUUGGCAAAGGAGCAUAAGAUGCCCUGGUUUCAAUGGAGGUGGUCCCAAACACCAUCCUUCAAUGGCGAAUGGCAAUCACAAUAUGGAGAUCAGGAACGAUAAAGAUCAGAAACUUGAUUUGUCUCUCCAUUUAUGA